AUGACCUACCACAACACCCGCCGGAGCCCUUCCGGCUUCCGCUCCGGCGCCGCCCCUCACCACCGUGCAUUCGACAGUCCUCCGCGUCGCUCCCCCGGCAGGGGAGGAGGAUUCCGGCCUAUGGGCGGCGAGGGUCCUGGGGAAUUCGGAUUCAAUGGUCACCAGCCACCGCCGCUGGCUGGCCAGAAACGAGGUUUUCCCGUCUCAGGACGCGGUAGCGGUUCACCUGAUCGUUUAGAAGGAGGAAAUUUUGCCAAACUUUUUGUCGGGUCUGUUCCCCGAACAGCCACUGAAGAUGAUAUUCGCCCACUGUUUGAGGAACAUGGGAAUGUGAUUGAGGUUGCUCUCAUCAAAGAUAGAAAGACAGGACAAUAUCAAGGAGCCACAACAUGUAAACCUAUAAGCUGCUCUUUGUAUAGCAGAUGGGAUCUUGGAGGACCAAAAGAUCCUGCUCUAGCAAUUGUGGCUGCAGCUAUGCUGGAGAAAAGCAGUUGUUGUUUCAUAAAAUAUUCUACUGCAGAAGAAGCUGAUCAGGCAAUUAGAGCAUUGCACAAUCAACAUACUCUUCCUGGAGGUGUCGGUCCAAUCCAAGUGCGUUAUGCUGAUGGUGAACGGGAACGCCUCGGUGCAGUUGAAUACAAAUUAUUCGUGGGCUCUCUGAACAAACAGGCUACCGUAAAGGAAGUUGAGGAAAUUUUCUCAAAAUAUGGUCGGGUUGAAGAUGUUUAUCUUAUGCGCGAUGAGAAGAAACAAAGUCGUGGAUGUGGUUUUGUCAAAUACUCGCACAGAGAUAUGGCUCUGGCAGCUAUUAGUGCACUUGAUGGAAUCUACACAAUGAGAGGUUGUGAGCAACCACUAAUUGUCCGGUUUGCUGAUCCUAAAAGGCCUCGUCAAGGAGAUUCCAGGUUUGUCCUUGCUGAUAGAUUAAAACAAGCAUGGAACCACGGACUGUUGACAUUUGACCUAGAAAUUGACUUGUGCUAUCUGCUGGGUCUUGCCUUUGGAGGUCCUGGAUUUGGUCCUAGAUUUGAUGCACCAGGCUCAAGACUUCCAUCCAACAUUGCAGACCCAAUGGGUGAUCGAAUGCCUCCCCCUAAUGCUUGGCGACCAAUUCAUCCGCCAAAUAUGGGGCCAUCCCCUAAUGCUGCUCUUCAUGGCAUGGGGCCACCAAUGCUUCCAAGAUCUGGUGAAAUGGCAUUGCCUACAAAUGCACUCUUUGCAGCCUACUGCGAAAAGCUUAGCCAUUUAGAUCAUGAACGUACUCAUCAUGCAACACCUGGUUCUCAUGAAAGUGUCUCCAUUUGCAAGGACUUUGCAACCUCUCCUCUUUUUCCACUGUUGAACAAGGUUUUAAGAGACUGCAACCUUCUUAGUCACAGUCAAAGGCCUACGACCUCUGUCAUGCUAUUGUGUCGAGGCGGUCCUAUGACUAGCUUGGGAGGGCCCAUAGAUGGUCGUUUUCAAGUUCAGUCCAUGCCAUCGAUGCCACAACAGAAUUUCAAUCAACCCAUGCCACAAAUUCCACCACCCAAUUCACAAAUAUCACCAGUGCAGAAACCUAUUCAAUCAUCCCAGGAGUUGUACCCUCAAGCACCAGUUCCCUACCCACAAACAUCUCUUAGGCAGCAUGGCCAGCCAAAUCUUCCUCUUUCUGCUGGUCCUCUUCCAUCUCAGCAGAUACAUGGAUUAAGUGGACAGUUUCCAACUUCUCAACCCCAAACUCAACAGAGUGCUUUGUCUGCUGCAUUUCCUCAGACUCCCCUUGACACCAGCAUGCAAUCUAAUACUGCAUUAACUACAAAUCAACAGCAAGUUCCUCCCUCUGUGCCACAACAGCCUCUUCAGCAAUCCCCUUCUCCGUUAGCUCAGAUGUUAUCACAACAGACACAGACUUUGCAAGCAAGCUUUCAUUCAUCUCAGCAGGCCUUUUCCCAGCUUCAACAACAAUUACAGAUGAUGCAACCUUCUAGUCAAGCAUUAACAUUGCAGCAAAAUGCAGAAGCAACUAAAAAACAGUCUCAAUGGGCUGGGACUGUAGCACAAACAGUGGCCAGCACUCAUGCAACUGUACCUGCUACAGAUGUGUCUUCAUCCAAAAUUGUUACUUCGGCCUUACCAGCAAUAAACCAUAACAUGGCUUUUGCCAAAUGUAAUUGGACAGAACAUAUAUCUCCCGAAGGCUUCAAGUAUUACUAUAAUAGUGUCACUGGUGAAAGUCGGUGGGAGAAACCAGAGGAGUUGACGUUGUAUGAACAGCAACAGCAAAGGGCAUCUGUUCAGCAGUCUCAAACUCAGUCACAGCCGUCAGUACUACCGCCCCAGCAAAUUCCACAGUUCCAACAGGUUCAGCCUCAAAGUCAUCUCCAAGGACAAGUUCUCCACCAGCAACAAGUACAACAGCCUCCUUUGUCCUCUUCGUUCCAGGCAUAUGGCGCUGGCCCUCAAAAUGUUCAGGGUGUUCCUUCAGCACAAGAAUUGAUGUGGAAAAAUAAGCCUUCAGGUUCCCAUCCUUUUCAGCUCACUUAUUUAUCCCCUCCCUUGAUGCUCACACACACAGACACAGUAGAGGCCACCGCCUUCAUUUUGAUCCCAUGUGACAUGUAA